CUGCAGUGCAUACAUGCAUCUCACCAAAUGUCAGAGCUGAACUCAUCGCUGCACUGAUCACAUCACAUACCAAUCAGUGGUGAGGGAGGUGCAACGGCAUUUAAAAAGAGGGUUCGUUUGAUAAAUAUUCAACAUUUCCACCUGACUGCAGAUCACUGCUGAACACAGAGCAGUCAUCGACAGUUACCUUUGACCAAAAUGAAGAACUUAAUUCAGUUCAUCCUCAUCCCCGUUGCUGUGCUCAUGUCAACAACAGGAGCUGAGGAGGUGAAAUAUGUUGAGGUGGGACACACGGUUACACUUCCAGUAACUGAGGAACAAAGUUACAUGUACUGGUACUUUGGGGAAGGAGAUGGCCUUCAGCUUGCCUGGAUCAAUCCCUUCGGUGGAACCUCGAUUCUUAGCAGUAAAGAAGGUCCUGAGGGCAUAUGGAAGGACAAGUUGUCCUUGUCUCCCAAAGAACUGACAAUUAAAAAUAUCCAAAAAGGAAACUUUGGGACUUUCAUCUGUAAAGUGAUAAAUAACAAAAAACCUACUACAGUCAUCACAUAUAAAGUCUUCGAACUCAAAGUCUCCAUUUUCCCAGCCUCUCCUCUAGUGCUUGGAGAAGAUUUGAAUCUAGCCUGUGAAGUACAGGCUCCUCGGGGUCAAAACCCCCGGAUAUCCUGGCUAAACCCCCAGGAAACAGAAGAUACGAACAGCGUCAGAAGCGGAACAAUCAACAAGAAGGUCACAAACCAAGACAAUGGCUUGUGGACCUGUGUAGUGAAUAAUAAGGAAAACAGGGCUGAAACUUCUGUUAUAGUUAUCGACCUCGAACCAGCUCCUUUACGUCAUCAGUAUACCUCUACAUCCUCGUCUCUCACCAUCCCCUGUUACUUUCCUACUCGCAUCUCCUGGGAACAAAUCAAAACCAAGGGCAUCAAAGAAGUUCAAUGGGACUUCUCCCCUAAACUCUCAUCAAGUAAAGAGUCAAGUAAAGGAAAGAGGCUCUUCUCCCUCUCUGUGGAGAAUAUAACCUGGAUGGGGGACCAGGGCAGAGGACUGACUCACGUACCAACCCUCAAAAAAGGAAAUCUGUCUUUGACCACAAAUCGAGCAGAAAAAGAUGACGGAGGAGCCUACACGUGUAGCAUUGAAUUCAAAAAUGAUAUGAGACUGACUAGGACUAUAAACGUUGAGGUGCUUGAAAUCAUCUCCUCUCCAGGAAUAGAGUUAAUUUCUGGCCAGCAGCUCAACCUGAACUGCACCACUGGACAUGCGCUUCCCUCCGACAUACGAGUGAAAUGGAUCCCACCUAAAUCAUCCGUGCACUCUCUGGGAUCUGACCAUCACCCAGCCAAUCUCACCAUCCCGGAAGUGGGUUUAAGCGAUCGCGGAAAUUGGAAGUGUGAGCUGUGGCAGAACAAUAUACUGCUGACGUAUGCUGUGAUAAAACUGAAUAUCGAAUUCAAGCUGAGUGUGUGGAUGGUCGUGACCAUAUGUGGCACCGCAGUCAUCGUAAUCCUCAUCUGCAUCCUUGCUUUGAUCCUCCACCGACACAGACAACGGAAGAUGAGAUUCCCCAGGUAUCGACUCUGCCAGUGCAAAAAUCCCAAGCCAAAAGGAUUUUACAGAACAUGAUGUCUUCCAGAACCAAGAAAGAUGUUCUCAAGAGGACAUCGCAAACAAUUGAAUUUCUGUCCAGAUAAGACAGAUUUUUUUUGUCUUAGUCAUUGUUGAAACAUCAUAUACGACAUGCAUCUUACAGUUGUACAUAUCAGCCAGCUCAGAUUCUUUCCAACACAUUGUUAUAUCUGUAAUAUAAUCCAAAUAGGGACUGAUGUUCCAUUUAAUUAGCAUUUUAACUUGUUUAUAAUUAUUACAGUGCUUGAUUUAAUUCAUAUCGUUUUAGAUUAACCUUUUGUAGAUUUAUUGGCAUGUAAUGUAUAUAUUUCUAUGGUAUUACAUUGGUAGGCUUGGUUACUUGCUUCUAUGACUAUUCUCACAUCUAUUAUUUGUAUAGACAUGAUGAUACUUUAUUACUUAAAAUGAAAGCCGCAUCUUUAAGAAGUAAAAACAUUCCCUACUGUCCUGUCAUUAAUGUACCAUUAUGUUUUCUCAAUAAAGUUUCUUUUUUUUUUUUUUUGGUGGUGGGGGGGGGGGGGGGGGGGGGAUUGUGCCUUUAUUGUAGUGACUGUGAAAAAAUGACAGGAAUUGAAGGGAGAGAGUGAUGAUGUGACAUGCAGCAAUGGUCUGAACUUGAUUCAAACUGCAGAUGGUUAUAUGGCAUGCAUCUUAACCAGAAGGCUACCUGAGCACCUAAGUAUCUUUAAUAAAUGAGUGGUGGGCUCAGUGAAGCUGCUUGUCAUCCAUCUGACAGAUUUUAGGAUACUCAAAGGAUGUUGGAUGUUAUUGUAGCUGUUUUUUCAUUGUACAUCAUUCACACAGAUGAAAACAUUUUAACGUUUUAAUUACGGUCACAAAUUGUAUUACUAUCGAUACCUGGUCCAACCUUGUACAAGUUGUUAAUGAGAUAUUACUUCAUGUGAGUUACUCAAGGGACGCUAUAUCACUGUUCAUAGGAAAGUCCUGCUUCUGUAAGAUUUUUGGAAGAAAGUGACUUUGUUUCCCAUUUUGUUAAUUAUGAUUUCCCUUUGCGCUCCAAGUUACAUUUACUUGAUAUAUUUCCUAAAGUAUGUAACUUAAGUUAUGUGAAGAAAAAGAUGGGAUAUUUUGGUUAUCUGCACAGCAAAUAUACAAUUCCAAAGCAUCUCUGUCAAGCACACUGUCCACAGAAAUAUUUAUAUUUGCAUUCAAGUGAAAAUCCAACGACUUUGAAAAGAUGUGGACAACAAGUUAUGGACUUCCUUGGCAGACUUCUUAAUGCUGGAAUUUUAUCUAUCUUAAAGUAUAAUAUAUCAAAUAUAUUGUGACUUAAGUAAGUUUGGACAAACUGGACAGCAUCAGUAGUUUUCUUUUCUC